AUGGUGAGGCAGCAGAAAGCCGGGCGCAUCUAUCCACAAGACUCGCAGACACCUAGAUGGGAAGGGCCCCCGAGCCCCCGAGGGCAGAUGGCCUCCCACCACCUCCCCGUGCGUGCAGAGCCCCAGGGGUCAGCUCAGGAAAAUGCGCUGGAGGGCCUCUCGGUGUCGCCCCUCUACCAGAGCCCCGACCUCAACAAAAUGAGACUGAUGGCCGAGCCCACCAAGAAGCCGGCCGCCUUCCUCAAGUACAUGACGCCCUCCAAGACCAAACUCACCACCAUCGAGGCCAAGAGGAUCAUGUCGGUCCUGGACGAGACCAUCCAGAAGGUGGAGUGGGUGACGCUGCUGCCGGACACAGUGUCCGGCCUGGAUGCGCUCGAGGGGCUGCUGGAGGACCACAUCCUGCAGGCGCUGCGGCAGCACGGGGGGCUCUGCCAGGACCUACUGGCCAGCACCCGCUCCCCUGAGAGCCGAGACGGGCUGGGAGAGCCGGGCCAGGCCGAGGACGGGCUGUUCUAUGAGCACUUCCUCUCGGAGGAGCUGCGGUGGGCCCAGCUGCCCUCGCCAUGGGACCGGGUCAAGGACUCCACCAGGAACGUCGUGCGGCUCCUGCUCACCAACCCCCGGGCCGCUGGCCUGCUGAUGACGCAGGAGCAGCGGCGGAGCCCAGCUGCCCAGCGCUUCGUGGAUGCCCUGAAGGAGCUACGCGGGUUCCUCUUCGAGAAGCUCCUCACCAGCCCCAUGGAGAUGCGGGACAAGACCCAGUUCAUCCAGAACAUCAACAAGCAGAACCGGAGGAACGAGGAAGUCAUCAACGGGCUGGAGAAGGAGCUGGCCGGCAGCAUGAAGACCAGGGAUGCCGAACUGGAGAAGGAGAACUUCGUGAUCCAGGAGCUGAAGAACCACCUGCACCAGGUGCUGCGGCUGUCGGAGAACAGCCUCCUGCGCACGCGGCAGGAGGCGGAGAAGCAGCAGAAGCUGGACUACCGCUCCUCGCAGGCGCGGCUGGCCAAGACCCAGCAGGAGCUGCUGGUGCUGCGCGCGCAGCUCAACAACCUGGUGGCGGAGAACCAGGAGGUGGAGCAGGCGCUGCGGAAGAAAAAAUACAAAGUGGAGACGGAAAUCGAGAACUGGAUUCAGAAGUACGACAUGGAAAUGGAGGAGAAGCAGGAAGAGUUCGAGGAACUGGACAGCAUCCACCAGGAGGAGAAGAUCCAGCUGCAGGAGCUGAAGGAGCGGCACGAGGUGCUGGCCGAGGAGUUCCUGCAGAUCCAGCAGGAGCGGGACAUCAGCUCCAAGAAGAAGCUGGAGGCCGAGCAGGAGAUGCUGCGCAUGGUGCGGGCGGCCACGCUCAUCCAGGCCGUGUGGAAGGGCUACCUGGUCCGCUCCCUGCUCAAGUCCCGGAGGAAGAAGCGGGCCAAGUCCAAGAUCAAGGAGGACAUCAAGGGCAGAGGCAAGAGGGCCAAGAAGGCCGUGAGCCUCAAGGAGCUGGCGCCCGAGGGCAUGGGCCCUGAGGACGUGGGUCUGGAGGAGCGGGAGGAGGAGCGGGAGGAGGAGCCGGGCAAAGGCUCCAAGAGGAACAGCGGGGGCAAGAAGUGA